AUGGCCGGUACGGCGCCCAUCGAUUCCUUUUUCCCACCACAGACUCGUUCGACGCGUCAAUCGACCAAACGAAAAGGGCUCGAGCUUUUGAAUGAUGAUGAACGCGACUGGACGCCGUCAAAGCGCGUUAAGACGGGCAAGGGCAAGGCUGUCGCACAGCCCAGGCCGGCUCCCGCCAAGCAGAAAGCCACUCAUGCGUCCAAACAAGCAAAGCUAGCUUUCGGCCUCCAGACCCCUGCAUCGAGUGUGGCGACUCCCCAACCAUCCUCGUCCAGAGCUCGUAAACAGAUUGCGCUUGACGAGCCGGAUACUCCCCAACCGGCACCAACAACGUCUGCAUAUGACACCGACGUUGUCCUCCCCACACCACAGGCAACCGCACGAAAGGGCAAGGCGACGAGAGCAUUUCAUAGACCUACAGAGGAUGCUUCUGAACCCAGUUCUGGUACUCGCGCUGCCUCUCCCAUUAUCAUCAGCUCUUCGUCGCUAGACCACAUCUCCCCGCCUCCGGCCGCACGAGUGAAGCGAGCUGUUCGGCCACUUCGGACAUCCGGCUCUAUUAUCGAGCUCACCUCCAGCGAAGAUGAAGACGUUCACUCGAACCCGUUUGUGGACCGUACCGUCAGAUCUCACUCUCCCGGUUCGGACUAUGAGCUACCGCAUCUAUCCGGGCCUUUGUCGCCAUUAACGCAACAAUCAUCGAUCGAGUCGGGCCCUGGAUCUGUCCCCGAGUUCAAAGUGCCGGAGCUGCCUUCACACAUGCGCGAUGCGCCACGAUUGCAUCUUCGCUCGCAGGUCGUGCCUUCUUCCCAGUCGCAGGAGAUGUUCGGCUCUUCAUCCUCCCGACGAUCCGCGACUUCGCCAAUCACUGCGACUUCACCGUUGCUUGAUACCACGGAUAUGCGACGCGCCCUUCCUUCGUCUGGUCCGGAAAUAGUGUCAUCCUCGCAGACGCAGGAGUUGCCAUCCUUCUUUGCAACCUCGAGUCCUCCGCAGCCGUUUUCCUCAUCUCUGCCACCUUCAAGCGCACCUGAGUAUAGUUCGCAAAGCGCCACUCCUUUGACUCAGCUUCAAGAUGUCCAGCCUAUGAUUCUCGGCCCUCUACUUAACGAUCCGUUGUCUUCUCGCCUUGCACAGGACUCUCCUAGAAGCACACUACACAAAUCUAAUCAUUCAAGCCACAGUCAAGUAGAGUCCUCGCAGCUGGAGGAGCUUGAACUCCUCCUACCGCCAUCACCGUCGAGGAGUUCUCGGGCCGCCGCACCCACGAAGGCGAACUCCCCAUCUAGGCAACGCAGAUCACCUACUCCUGCUUCCACCCCAUCGAAUUUGCAGACAUAUAUCUUGUCCAAGCGCAUCUCUGCUCCCGGGGAAUCGGCCGAACGCGCGAGCCCGCCGCCCAGCCAAGUACCGGCGUCAUCUCAUAAGGCGCACAUUGUACCUUCAGACGCUCCCAUUGAUUCGGCGACUCGGGAGGAAGCCCUCACACCUGCGAGGGAGCAUAGAAUAUUCACUGACUCGCCUACUCAAGAAGAGACGCCUAUCAAAUCGCCUACUCGUGCGAUUCGACCCGUCGUAGAUGAAUCGCCCACGCAGGAGGAGCUAACCCAAUCAACCCCGUACAAGCGCCGCCGCCCGCGCGCUGAUUUGGGCGCAACAAAAAGGCCUUCACCUCUCAAGCCUCGCGCGCAGUCCAUCGUCGCAGAAUCUGACUCGGAUACGGAAUUGCGUGGCCCUCUACCUGCCCUGCGUCUCGGCGCAUCUCAGUCGGAUUCAGAAGCCGACGAUGAGGUGAAUGCGAACCGAGCAGGACCUUCAUCGCGAGCCGCACUCGCUCGCAUCGGCAAUGGCGCAUCGUUUCUGUAUACCGGAAGUGGGAAGCGGUCGCGAGACUUUUCGCAGAGGAGCAAGCAAGCGUCUGAAGGCCGCCCAAACGAUCAUGCAGCCCGUCUGGCCCAGCAGGACAUGGACAGCCAGGACGCGUUCUUCAACCCCGUACUUUCCCAGGGUGCAGAAUCGUCAUCCGACUUCGGUUCGUUCGUGGGGUCCAUAGACUCCGAUAUUGCAGAGUACAUAGCCAUGGAUAUCGAUCCGCCAAGCUUUAGCUUGCACACUCAGGAUCUUCUGCCUGUCAAGUCAGUCCUGGACCGGCGACCCAGAGAUUGA